AUGCCGGCGUUUGCGAGAUCAAUCGUUCCUUUCUUCCAGACAGCACGAUCCGCGCUGCGUCAAGGUAAUGCUGUCAGUCCUUUACAGCAUGCUUUGAGUAGACAAAAUGGAGCUGCUGCGUUCAAUGUUGCUCGCACAUAUGCUGCCGCCACUUUCCAGCGCUCAAAGCCGCAUGUCAAUAUUGGUACAAUUGGUCACGUCGAUCACGGAAAGACCACAUUGACUGCCGCCAUUACCAAGAGACAAGCAGAGAAGGGAUUGGCCAAUUUCCUCGAUUAUGGAGCCAUUGAUAAAGCUCCCGAAGAGCGAAAGCGUGGUAUCACCAUCUCGACAGCCCACAUCGAAUAUGCCACCGAAGCUCGCCACUACUCCCACGUUGAUUGUCCCGGUCACGCAGAUUACAUCAAGAACAUGAUUACCGGAGCCGCCAAUAUGGACGGAGCCGUUAUUGUCGUUGCCGCCUCUGAUGGACAAAUGCCUCAAACCCGUGAACAUCUUUUGCUCGCCCGUCAAGUCGGUGUUCAAAAGAUUGUCGUUUUCGUCAACAAGGUCGAUGCUCUUGAGGACCCCGAGAUGUUGGAGUUGGUCGAGAUGGAGAUGCGAGAUCUCCUCAACACAUAUGGAUUUGAGGGAGAGGAGACGCCUAUCAUUCUCGGAUCCGCACUUUGCGCACUCGAGGGCCGCAGACCGGAAUUAGGAACUGAAAAGAUCGAUGAGUUGAUGAAUGCAGUCGAUACCUGGAUUCCAACCCCACAACGUGAUCUCGAUAAACCUUUCCUCAUGUCCGUCGAAGACGUUUUCUCCAUCCCCGGUCGUGGAACUGUCGCCUCUGGCCGUGUCGAGCGUGGUGUCUUAAAGAAGGACUCAGAAGUCGAGAUUGUUGGAAAGGGAGACCAAAUUCUCAAGACCAAGGUCACCGACAUCGAGACCUUCAAGAAAUCCUGCGACGAAUCCCGUGCAGGAGACAACUCCGGUCUCUUGCUCCGUGGCAUUAAGCGUGAAGACAUCAGACGUGGAAUGAUAAUUUCCGCCCCCGGAACUACCAAAGCCCACACCAAAUUCCUCGUGUCCAUGUAUGUGCUCACCAAGGAAGAAGGAGGACGCCACACCGGUUUCCACCAAAAUUACCGCCCACAAAUUUUCAUCCGAACCGCCGAUGAAGCCUCUGCUCUCCACUGGCCCGAGGGAACUGAAGACGCCGAUUCCAAGAUGGUCAUGCCAGGUGACAACGUUGAGAUGCAGUGCGAGAUUGAGAAGCCUUGCGCCAUGGAAGCUGGUCAACGUUUCAACAUCCGUGAGGGAGGAAGAACUGUCGCUACCGGAUUGGUUACCAGAAUACUCAAGUAA